GGGGGUAGAAGCUAUUAUUAGCCACCGGAACGUCCCGAAUUCCGUUGAAAAUGACCUAAUUUCGCAGAUGCCGGUUCCUAUUUGUGUUCUCGAACUCUGUCUAUCAGCCAACUCAAUGAGCCCCUCCUACUUUAGCAAUUGACGUCACCAUUGUCUGACCUUUUCCCCUUACAUCAGCAUCUCCUCAAGGUUUGGCUACAUUAUUGAUUGAUCUAGACGGCGUUCACAUUGGAGAAACCUUGAUGUGUUCUGAUGAACGCAGAGCACGUAACUAGAUCUACGUCUUGUGUGGAUUUCUAAUCAAGCUUAGCAUUUCGUUUCGUCAAUAUUGACAUCGUUGUGAAGAUUGCGUCAUCCUAUGUCUAUCAGCUUGGUCAUAACAGUGAUAACUUAAUCCAAAGUGCCGGUAAAUCUAGACAACUCUAUAAUAUAUGCUUAAGCAAAGUCCACCAAAAAUGGCACCUACCACUAAAGCUAGCGUUUGUGUCACACAAACUAGAAAGACACCAAAGAAACGAUUACAAAGCGAAGACAAAACAGUAGAAAAUAUAUUAAAACCAUUAGACCUAACAGAUGAACAUUAUAAAAAAGUCAUGCAAUUAAUGCACAAUGAUAUUGUAAAGGGUUUAACACCAGAAACUCAUGCUAAAGCUAACAUCAAAUGUUUUCCUACUUAUGUACGGACAGUUCCAGAUGGGACAGAAUCUGGAGAUUUUCUAGCUCUUGAUCUGGGUGGAACAAAUUUUAGAGUUCUUCUCAUCAAUUUAAAUGGUCAAGAGGUUACAAUGGAAAGUAAAAUUUUUCUUAUUCCACAUCACAUUAUGGUUGGCUCAGGAGCUCAACUGUUUGACCACAUUGCUGAUUGCAUUUUCAAAUUUAUGACUGACCAUAAGCUUCAGGAUCGCCAUCUACCAUUAGGCUUUACUUUUUCCUUUCCAUGUCGACAAGAAGGAUUGGACAAAGCUAUCUUAACAACAUGGACGAAAGGGUUUAAGUGUGAAGGGGUCGAAGGACAUGAUAUUGUACAAUUAUUACAUGAGGCCAUUGAGCGUAGAGGGGAUAUGCAAAAUGUGAAAUGCUUGGCAGUUAUUAAUGAUACUGUUGGUGCCCUCAUGUCUUGUGCUCAUAGUGAUCGACAGUGUGCUGUUGGACUUAUUUUAGGCACAGGAACUAAUGCUUGCUACAUUGAAAGUUUGAGUGAAGUGAAGACUUGGGAUGGAGAUUUCAAUGAACCAAAACAGGUUCUAAUCAAUACAGAAUGGGGUGCAUUUGGUAAUGAUGGCUGCUUAGACUUUAUUCUGACUGACUUUGAUAAAUCAAUUGAUAAGCAUUCCAUUAAUCCUGGAAAACAAAUCUAUGAAAAAAUGAUCUCUGGCAUGUACAUGGGAGAGAUAGCUCGACUUGCUAUUGAACGAUUGAGAAAACACAAUCUUUUAUUUGAUGGAGAAGGGUCCUACCACUUAGCUACCCGUGGAAGGUUUUAUACAAAAUAUGUUUCUGAAAUAGAAGGAGAUAAUGUUGAUGGUUUUAAAGUUACUAAACAAAUCUUCGACGAACUUGAUCUAACAUCACAUACCGAACAGGACUGUAGAUUAGUCAGACAUGUAUGUAGUCUGGUCUCAAAAAGAGCUGCUUACCUGGCUUCUGCUGGUAUUGCUUGCCUUCUCAAUAAAAUGAAUAGAAAAGAGGUAACUGUUGGUGUGGAUGGAUCAUUAUAUCGUUUCCAUCCUUUUUUUCAUGAUUUAAUGAUGGAAAAAACCAGAGCAUUAGUUCGGCCUGACAUUUCCUUCAAACUGAUGUUGUCACAUGAUGGCAGUGGGAAAGGAGCUGCACUUGUUGCUGCUGUAGCCAACAGACUCUUAGAAGAAAGUCACAAAGAAGAAGAUGAACUGAAAACUGUCAAGUCAGUUAAUUCCAAAACGAAUUGAUUCUAAUGUCUGUAUGAUAAAAUUGAGUUGUCUGUGGUAUCUCUAGUUAGUCUAUUCAAGUGUACAUUACAUUGUAUUGAAUUCAUAAGCUCCAUUGUAAGUGUUCAUUCAUCCAACUAUUUAUUUCAUAUUAAUGCUGUCAUCUAUUGACAUUUAAACUAUGUAUAUUGGGAUUAUACAAUAUUUUUUUUAAAUCAACGCUUGAAAAAAAUUUGAAUGUCAAAAUUUACAAAUAAUAUUUUAUUAUGUUACAUGCCACAAUUCAUAGUCACAAAAAAAAUCUUACGUUAGAAAAGUAUUUUAAAUACUGUCAAACCUCAGUUUAGAAAUGACUGUAAAGUUUGAAAAUGACUGAGAAAAGUAUUUUAAAUCCCAUCAAAUGACAGAGUUAGCAAGAUGAGCAACAAUGAGCAAAUCAUACUAGCAGGGUCCUGACAUACAAGUAGUUGUAGCAUUGAUCAGUAGUGCAUUACUGACUUGCUAUUUCUCACUGCUUUGAGUUAGUUGCAUAAGAGAGGAGGUGCUCUCAUGGAAUGUCAGCAUUGACAUUUUUUUUUUUCAUUUUUUAUGCAAGAUGAAAAUGUUGAGCCCCCAUGUCUUUUUCCUAGUAAUCUUAAUAAGUCAAGAAAACCAACAUUUCAAAGUUGUGCUGUUUGUAAGAACAGGAGGAAUGCUGUCUGAUAGUCCAUUGGAAAUGAAUGGUGAAGUUCCAAAUUUCUUCAGUAAUUACUAUAGAUAAUUAAUAAAAACUAAGUCUACAAUGUUUGAAGAUAUUUUAACUAGUACAUUUGUUUUAUUAUAUUAUAUAGGAUUAUUUUAUUUGACCUUUGCCAAAUUUUGUGUAGACUUUAAAAGAGUAACUUCAGCUUGACUGUAAAAUUACAAAUGUUUACAAAUGCUAAAUGUUCAGUGCUCAGGAUUUGUUGAGCAAAUGCUUUGCUGGGUAAACAAAAGAACAAACAAAUGAGUUCAGUAGUUAGGCAGGAACUGUCAAGUUACUUUAGCUGAAAUGAAUUGAACACACUGAAAUUAUUUGGCCAAGUAGAAUGUAACAUAAAGGAAGAGUUCAGAAAAGGUUACUAGGAGUCAAAUUGCUUAAACAUGAUAAAACAGAUUAAAAAAAGAAAGCGAAAUGAAAAUAUACAUGAGUCUUGAUACAAUAAUGUAGACAAAGAUUCCAGUGAAAUUGUGUAAGGAUAUUUUGUGUGAAACAUUCUUUUCAACUCUUAUUAUGGAGAACUAUAAACUCAAGAAAUACACUUGUAGUGCAAACUAUAAUUAUAGUUCAUGCUGACACUGUGAGGUUUGACUGUGUUUCAUAUUUAAAAUUCAUUUUUUUUUAAAGAAAUUAUAAAAUAAUUAAGGCAUGAUAGAUCAUAAUUGUCUACAUUUUGAAUUUGACAAAGUUUUUUGAAUACUAAAAUUAUUAAUGAGCUUGUACAGAAAAAAAAAUCAUCACUUUAAAGAUUUGGCCAGAGAUGAAAUAAUGGACAAAAUGUAUUUUGAACCUGUUCCAGAUGCUCUAUUACAUUGAUAAUUAGGACCUUUCAAUUAUACCAUAUUGUAUCAACUCAUGGAAAAGACAAUUUAAAUAUUUUUUUUACUCCACACAACUGUUACUUCAGGGAAAAAUCUUCAAAGUAGUAACAAAACAAAAUUGGAAAGGGAAAUGAAAAUGUCUGAGUGGCCAAAAGUUGAUCCAUGUUUUUAUAAAUGAAAUAAAGAGAUACCAGAAUUAGAAUGUUCUUGGGUGUCAAUAAAGGGUUUCAAUUUUUUUUUUUUUUAAUUAAAAUUGUCAGAGGGAAAAAUGUUUUUGUACAAUUUGUUUCCUUAUAGUGGCUCUGUAUCAAUCUGCCUCUCUCAAAGAUAUUUAGUUCCUCUGUAUCAAUCUGCCUCUCUCAAAGAUAUUUAGUUCCUCUGUAUCAAUCUGCCUUUCUCAAAGAUUUUUAGUUCCUCUGUAUCAAUCUGCCUUUCUCAAAGAUUUUUAGUUCCUCUGUAUCAAUCUGCCUUUCUCAAAGAUUUUUAGUUCCUGUGUAUCAAUCUGCCGCUCUCAAAGAUUUUUAGUUCCUCUGUAUCAAUCUGCCUUUCUCAAAGAUUUUUAGUUCCUCUGUAUCAAUCUGCCUUUCUAAAAGAUUUUUAGUUCCUCUGUAUCAAUCUGCCUCUCUCAAUGAUCUUUAAUUCCUCUAUCAAUCUGCCUCUCUCACAGAUCUUUAGUUCCUGUGUAUCAAUCUGCCUCUCUCACAGAUCUUUAGUUCCUGUGUAUCAAUCUGCCUCUCUCAAAGAUCUUUAGUCAUUCUUUUAAGUUCUUAUUACUUUCCUGCAUCUUUCAGUCCAGUGUUAUUUGGGCAUUUAUCAGUGGCUUUUUGAUUCAACUUAAAGGCAAACAAGCAUUCUAUAAAUUUUUUUGGGGGUCAUAUUUUGUUUCAUUAAUUCUGCCAUCCCUUUCUUAUGUUUGAAAUAUAAAAGCAUUAAUAGGUUAACAUUUUUGUUAGUGCCAUUAUAAUGGAAGUAGCUAAAGAAUAAAAAAAUUUUUUAUAAUGCUUCAUUGCCUAAUUGGUAAAUAUUAGAAUAGGAAGUUGUUUCUGCCCUGACAUUGCAUUAAAUUUCUAAUUUGCUUUGCGUAUUAGUAUCAGGUUAACAAUUUAUUCCUCAGUCUUCUAAAAUAGUGCAAUUUAGGUGUGCCUGUACUUUAUCCUUUCACUUAUUUUUGUUUCUUUUGUCAUGACCAUGUCUUUUCUACUCUGUUAUAGUCAUCUUUCUCAAACUUAGUCAUGACCAUGUCUUUUCUACUCUGUUAUAGUCAUCUUUCUCAAACUUAGUCAUGACAAUGUCUUUUCUAUUCUGUUAUAGUCAUCAUUCUCAAACUUAGUCACUGUUAUAUUCUGCAUCCUACUCAAAUUUUGCAGAUCAAUACCAAACUUUUUUUUACUGCCAAGGAUAUCUUCAACUCAUGUUUGUAUUAACAUAUUCAUGCAUGCACUAAUAUCAAACAAUUUUUUACUCUAUUUUUAAGAUUUUUGUUAAUGCAAAUCGACUAUAUUAAAUCAUUAGUUUUAACUUUUUUUCUGUAGCUACCACCUUAUGACAAAAGAAGUUUUUGACUAGAAUAAAAGAAAUAUCUCAACUUAUAGUGUUAAUCUAAUAAGCUUGUGACAUAAAGAGGAAACUGACUGUUGAAGUUUUGAGGACAAAAAUGUUGACACAUUAAAAAUAAGUAUUAAAAUAGGAUCAAAGUUUGUCUCUCCUGGCAUUUUCAUACCUUUCCACUCCACAAUGCAUUUCAUUUUUUUUUUGUUACAUUAUACUUUUGUAAUUAUCUUUUUUUUAUUUUUUUUUCCAAAAUAUUUUCUCAAUAAUGUCAGGAAAUUUAAACUAUACAAGCUAAUUUCCUAUAAUUAACUGAUUUUUUUAUUUAUCAUUUAAAAACAAUUUUUGCUUCAUUACAUUUUUCUUAAACUAGAACAUUUUGCUAUGAAAACCAAAUUUGAUAAUUUAGAAUUUAGCUAGAUUUAUGUAUGCUUUGAAGUAUUUUGCUGGCAUCAAACAGUUUUGCAAUGUAUCAUUUCUUACAAAAUAGGGUCAAGGUGCUUUAAAAGAUAUUCUCUCCAUGUGUUGCAAAGUUUUUUGUAAAACCUACAAAUAUAAUUAGACAAAAAAUUGUUUUUAAAAAGUAUUUUCUACCCAGCUUUCUGUGUAGUCUGACUGUGCAUUAUAAGAUCAGGUAUUAAAGAUUAUACAUCAUUUCUUUUGAGAUACAGUUUGUUUCUAUUUGUGAUAAAAAGAGCUACUUGUUCCAAGAGAAGGACCAGACAUUUAUCUUCAUUGUGAUUAGGAUCAGCUGUGUUGAGUGAGUUCCCAUGUAAUGACAAUGUUGAGCCUAGUAAUGAAGUUUGAAUCUUCACAUUGGUACUGCUAGUUGAGCAUGGACAGUUUGUAUUCUCACUUGGAUGUUCUCAUGCUUGGGAAAAGGUCUUUCAUAAUUUAUCAUUCUCUUCCUUUGAGUUAGAACAAACUAUUUGACCAUUGAGAUUCAAUGAAUAAAAGGAUAUUCUUAUUUUGAGUAAAUUGCUGUAUAAAUUAUUUUUUUUAACAGAAGUUUUUGCUUUAUUCUGUUUGUAAUAUUUUGUAGUAAGUCUGAGGAAAGUGAACAGAACAUUGACAUGAUUGAAAUUAAAACUUAGCUUCCAAAUGGAUUCAUUGAGGAAAGUGAACAGAACAUUGACAUGAUUGAAAUUAAAACUUAGCUUCCAAAUGGAUUCAUUGAGGAAAGUGAACAGAACAUUGACAUGAUUGAAAUUAAAACUUAGCUUCCAAAUGGAUUCAUUGAGGAAAGUGAACAGAACAUUGACAUGAUGGAAAUUAAAACUUAGUUUCCAAAUAGAUUCAUUUGCUGCAAGCAUUUUUUUGUGCAUGACUGCAGAUACAUAAUUGUCUUCAUAUUGAGAAAACCUUUUGAAAUUGAUGUUUGAAGUUUUUAUUUUGUUUAAAUGAAACAAAAAUCAGAUUAAUAAAUAGUAUGUUCUUAUGUUAUGUGAGGUUUAAAGUUUUUUCUUUAUGCAUAUUAGUAUGAGGCUCUUAUCCAUUCAAACAGUUUGGUUUCAAUCCUUUCUAAAUAUAUGUCAUUACAAUGUUUGGGUAGAGAAUGCUUAGAAUAAGAUUGAUAUGAAUGAUAUUAUCUGUAUCUUCUGAAUUGGUUCUCUUCAAUUCGCUGAUUUUAUAGUGAAGUCAAAUCAAAUUUAGAAACAUUAAAUAUUUCUGUUAAUUCAACCCCCCCCCCCCUCUUUUUUUUUUUUUUAAAUAAUGCAUUGAGCCAUAAAUUGAUUUCAAUAUAGGAGAGUGUUAUCUCUAGAUCUUUCAUUAAAACUAUUUUUUUUUUUUUUUUUUUUUUUUGCAAAAUUUUUGUGAUAGCUAAUACACAGAUCUUAUACCUUCCAAUGAUGCUAGCCACCAUGUUUUUACAACUAUUAUUUAAUUCUUGUACAAAAUGUUUUUUCUUGAAACAAAACAUGUUGAGACUCUAAAGCUGAACAAAUUAUUUAAAGAAAUUAUGAAACCAAUUUUCUGACAAACAAAAUUGAAUUAGAUCUUAUUUUGUAUUACGUUAUGAGCAUUAGUGUGCUAUGUAGAAGACUUCAGCGCCAAUCUCACAUCUCAUGUCAUAGUUUUAAAUUUGACAUAGCGCCCAUAUUUUUUGUUUUUUUUUGUUCAGACCAAAACCUGAUUUGUUCAAGUAUUAGUUCAAAUCCAUCAUAAUAUUGACCGAACGAAAAUAGCCAUCAAUACAUAUCAUAUCUGUAUGUAUCAAAUAAAAGUAGAUAUAUUUUUAUUUGUCUGUGCAUUUCUUCAUUGUGUUUUGCUGAACCCACUGGUUCCCUUAGUAACAUUUGUUUCAAGCUUACAACUUAGUUUAAACAAAAAUCAAUCCGUCUCAUGCACUACUUCACAAUGUUUAGGCUUGACUCAUGUUUACAUCUAUGAAUGUUGAGUGUACACUGUGUGAGUUGGCUGCUACUUUUUGCAAUAUCAAAAUUCAGAUGAAUUAUUCUGUACUAAGGAUAUAAUAAUGAAUUAAUUCACUUUAGAGCAAUAUUUGCUUCUCUUUGACAUUUGAUUCUAAAUAUCAUGAAUUUCAUAUUUAUUGAUUGUUGUUGUUUGUUUUUUUCCACUUUUCAGCUCUAUUUAGUUUCAACACAUUUCUUUAUCUCUUAGAUUGAAGGGCAGAACUUUGUUGUGUGUUGGUCAGAAUGUUUGUUGCUAUUUUAACUAGUGUCUCACUUGAGUAGGAAACAAAAUUUUAUGAAACCUACACAAAAUAUGAUUUCACUUCAAGAAUAUAUGCUUCAAUUUAAAGGAUAAUUUUUAUAGCAUUGUUUAAAAUUUUACUAAUUUAAUUUUUUUAAAUGUCUAGAUAUAACCUUUUACUAGUUCAUGUUUGCACUCUAUACAGGACUGACAUUGAGUCUCAUUUUCUCAUCAAUUUACUUACUGUGGAGGUGUACUUUAGUUUUAAAGUUGGUCUCUACAAGUUUACAUUGGAUUCUAUCAAGAUUUGUUCUUUUUAUAUUGUUUUCAAUGUCAUUCAUUUAUUGAUUUAUAAUGAUGCAAAAUGUUUUGUCUGAACUCUUCAUGCAUGCAUGCUACUUUAGAUGCCUUCUGUUACAUAGCCCUCUCUUUUGGUGUAAAUAGGUGAUAGGAUUUUACCAGUGGUGUAUAGAGUUUUUAAAGAAACUUGAACAUAUAAAUACAAUGAAAAAUUAUUCUGACAUGUAUGAAGACAAAGUAUAGAAACCUUCUUUUACAUUUUAGAUCGGAUUAAAUGGACUAGAAUUA